AUGAGCAAAUCUAAGAGAGCUUUGGUUUCAAGUCGGGAUUCUCUAUCACCAGAAGAUAUACACGCCCCUUUUCAACAAGGAGAGAAGUCGAAUGACCUUUCCAAAUGGAAAGAGGCUUUUAUCGAAUCCCUGAAUAGGGGUGACGGCCUGGGAACGGUCCGAACGCUUAUCGAUAUGAUCUGCAAGAUUCCUGGCGAAAUAUGCAACGAGAUUGGCGAGAUAGCGUCUGUUCUGGUACGCAAAGAAAUGAAACUCACCCAUUUAAUCCGCUCCUCGAUACAUGAUCGGCAUACGCGACGAGAAAAGCAGAUUUGUGUCAAUUUCUUCACUGAGUGCGACAACGACCUUGGCCGUGACGAUACUAUCGACAUAUACAAGAAAUUCAUCCCAUGGGCGACUCCAGAGGAUCUAUUGGGGGUUGCUUGGAAUAGGAGUGGCCUUGCUGCCAUGAGGGAAAUAUUGACCGAGUCUCCCGAGCACCGCGAGCCUUUCCACGAUUUCACCUCUGAGAACUUCUACCUAUUAUCCGAGCAAUUGGCAAUCGAUUACCUGGACCCCAAGAUCAAGGACAAAAUUAGAGAUAAUAAUAUGCGGUUGUGGUACCGGUACCCCCUCCAAAAGCGUAUUGCAGCGAGUCUCGCGGGUAAGGCGGAAACUUGGAGUGUGGUGGGUAUUGACGAUUCAGAUUUGUCGAGCAGAAUUGCAAUUAGGGAAGACAGCCUUACGGCAAGCUUCUAUAAACGACUCCAAUCAGCUAGGAAGCCGGCGGAAUUUGAUGAUGACGGUGACGAUACUGCGACUCUAGUCGGUGCUCCGUACGCCGGAGCUUCUGUGUAG